AAUUAUCACUUUGUUCAACAGACGGCAUAUGAUUGUGGUCCUGCAUGUUGCUGGAUGAUUGUAAAAUGGGCAAAUCGCUUUGUCAUGAAUGAUAAGUUUACCUAUACCGACUUUUUGGAAUCUAUCGAAGGCAAUGUAGAGGAUGGCUUGUGGGCUAUUGAACUUGUGAAAUUAUUGAAAUCAUAUGAUUUUCGAUGCGUUUACUGCACAACAAACGUUUCUCCAUCGAAGCGACAGUAUGACUAUCUGGAUUUCUACCGCUGUUCAACAAUAGAUGAUGAUAUUCAACGCAUUCAGCGGCUUUUCCAAACUAUCAGCAACGAGAGCAUCCAUAUUUUUGAUGCCCAAGUGACUAUCACUACGAUCGCAGACUUCCUGCAGUUCAAUCCAAACACGGUCGUUCUUCUCCUUGUUGAUUUUUCUCUGCUCUACCCUGCCAGAAGUUGCUGCACUUUUCGCGACUAUUGUGGGCACUAUAUUAUUCUGAUAGGCUACAGCCAAAAUCGGAAAUCUUUCAAAGUUGUGGAUCCUACACGCUAUUUUCGUAGCUUCGAAGGACCGUUGUGA